GAGCGCAUGGCCGCCCUGACGCUGCAGAAGCAGCACCAGGACUGGCUGCGGGGCGAGCUGGACGCGGCCGCCGCGCGGCUCGACUCCGCCAGGCUGCUGCAGUUGUGCGACCAGGCCAGGGCCCUGCAGCUGACGGUGCCGUCGGAGAUGGUGGCGCUGCUGCACGAGCUGGAGGAGGGCGCCGGCGCACAGGGCCAGUGCGGGGCGAAGGCGGCCGCGAGGAAGAGCGACCACCUGGCGCGCCUCCGCGAGGACGGCCAGAGGAAGGCUCGCGCCGCGGCCCUGGCGCUCGACAUGGUCGAGACGAGCCCCACCAUGAAGGAGCUCCGGGCCGCCCAGGAGGCGGUGCUGGCGGUGCGGCAGGCGCGGGGCGUGGGGUCCGAGGAGGUGCGGGCCGCGGAGCGGAGGCUGGCGCGGGUGGAGCGCCUGCACGAGCCCCGCCUGGAGGCGGAGGAGGAGGUCCGCGCGCUGCUGGCCCGGGCCGAGGGCCCCCAGUGGCACACGCUGCUGCCGGACGGGGCGCUGGCAGAGCGGCUGCGGACCGCGCUGCGAAAGGCGGAGAAGACCUCAGUCGGGGCGGACCACGAGCUCUGCCAGCUGGGCCACGAGCUGCUGCAGCGCACGACGGAAGCCGAGGAGGCCCGUCGCGCGGUGGAGCAGCGGCUGCGGGAGGCAGCCGGGCAGCGACCAGGAGGGGGCCGCCCGGACCGCGACUUGGAGGCGCUGUCGGAGGCCGUGGAGGAGGCUCGGCGCCUCGGCCUGGACACGCUCGCGGCGGACCGGGAGCUCGCGCGGCGCCGCGGCUGGCAGGACCAGGCCGCCGCGGCCGAGGCCGAGCUUCGCGAGGCCUCGAAGGGGAUCGGCCCCGGCGGCCGUGCGCGGCUGGAGAGUGCGCUCAAGGGCGCGAAGGAGGCCGGCGUGAGCGCAGAGAGGUUGCGCUUCGCCAGCGUGAGGCUGGAGGAGCUCGCGAGGCACGAGCAGAGGUGCUCGCUUGCGGCGGGCAACCUCAAGCGGGCGCUCCCGUCGCUGGAGAAGGAGCCGUGGCUUCUCCAGCCCCUGCUCGAGGCGGCCCGCCCGCUGGAGCCGUGGACCCCCGAGCUGGAGAGGGCGGCGCAUGCCGCGCGCGAGCGCGUGGAGGGCGCGUCGGCGCUGCAGCAGAGGCGCAAGGACAUCGAGCAAGAGCUGCGCGCCCACCUGCGGGCAGCCUCCACGGCCGGCGGCGGCGGCAGCGGCGGUGGCGAGUCCGCCACGCCCGCGCGCCCGGGGCCUGCCCAGGAGGCCCGGGUGCUGGCUGGCCUGGUCGAGAGGGGUAAGGCCGUUGGCGCGGACGCUGGGCUUCUUCGCGAGGUGGGCGAGCGGCUGCGCGGCCUGCGGCGGGAAGGCCGGCAGCUGGACGUGGCGCAGCGGCGCCUGCGGCUGGCCUUGGGCCAGAAGGACCUGCCGGGCAUCGAGCGGGAGCUGCGGUCCAUCCGCGCCAUGGGCGCGUCGGCGCCCGGCGCGGAAGGCGCGGCUGGGGCCCCUGGCCUGGUGGCGUCCGCGAGAGGCGAGCGCAGCGGCGAGCAGCCGCACUCGGAUCGGCUGGUGGAGGCCGCCGCGGCCAUGAUGCGCCACCUGCAGGACGCGCAGGUUCGCCGCCACAAUGCGCAGACGGCGCUCUGCGAGCGCCUCUCCGGCGACGCGGCGGCGGCCGCCGCGAGCGACCCCUGCGCGCCGGUGAAGCUGCCCGCUGGAGAUGUGGGGGCCGCUGUCCCCAGCGUGGACUCGCAGGGCUGGGUGAAGGAGAUGACGGAGAUGAUCCACGAGGCCAAGCAGAGCGGCGUGCCCCCCACGCUGAUCGAGCACGCGCGGCUGAGGGUCAGGGAGGUGCGGCGCUGGGAGUCGGAGCGGCAGGUGGCGUGCGCGGGGCUGCAGCAGGCGCUCGCCAAGAAGGGCGCGCCGGCGGAGGAGGUCCUCCGGAGCUUGCGGCGCGUGCAGCGCCUGGAGAAGGGCGCGCCGAACUCGGCGAGGUGA